AUGAGCGGUCUCGCGACAAAGCAGCAGUCGCUCAAGCUCUUUGAGAAGCUCAAGGCGAAGCCAGCCAACAAGAUCUGCUUCGACUGCGGCCAAAAGAACCCAACAUGGACAUCGGUCCCCUUUGGCAUCUACCUCUGCCUCGACUGCUCCGCCAACCACCGCAACCUCGGCGUCCAUAUUUCCUUUGUGCGGUCUACUAACCUCGACCAGUGGCAAUGGGACCAGCUACGGAUCAUGAAGGUGGGCGGUAAUGAGUCGGCAACCAAGUUCUUCCAGCAAAACGGUGGUUCCGCCGCCUUGAACAGCAAGGAUCCCAAGACCAAGUACCAAUCUGCCGCCGCGACCAAGUACAAGGAGGAACUCAAGAAGAGGGCUGCUAGGGACGCUCGCGAGUACCCCGAAGAAGUAGUCAUCACGGACGGCGACGACGCCGCAGGAAGCAACACCCCGGCCGGCGAGCCCGACGACGACUUCUUUUCCUCGUGGGACAAGCCCGCCAUCAAGAAGCCGACACCUCCCAUCUCGCGCACCUCUACGCCCCCCGUCAUCGGCCGCACCGCCUCCCCGCUCCUCGGCAACGGCAAGGACAUCCAGCGCACUGCCUCGCCCCUCUCCAAGACCGACUCCGAUGCUCCCACUCCUGCCGCUCCCGCCGCCAGCCGCAUCACCACAUCCGCAGCCCUAAGGAAAACCACACCAGGCACCACCACCACCGGCGGCCCGCGCAAGGCCGGCGGCAUCCUGGGCGCCAAGAAGCCCGCGGCUAAGCUGGGCGUCAAGAAGAUCUCGGCGGAUCUGAUCGAUUUCGACGAGGCGGAGAAGAAGGCCAAGGAAGAGGCGGAGCGCAUCGCGAAGCUGGGUUAUGAUCCUGAGGCGGAAGAGGAGUCUAAGACGGCAGCGAAGAAGACCGAGACCAAGGCCAGCAAUAUCAUUACCCCCGCUGCGGCGCCGGUUAGCAGUUCGAGGUCGGCGGCGCAGGAGAAGUCGGCUGCUGAGGUGGAAAGGCUGGGUAUGGGUGUUAGGAAGCUGGGUUUCGGUAUGGUGGGUAAGGCCGGUGGUGCUGGUGCUGCAAGCCCAGCGGCGGCAAAGAAGAAUGCGGGUGGGUUUGGAAGUGUUGGGCCUAUUAAGGCUAGUGAUGCCGACGAAGAACAAUACGCCCGCAACAAGUUCGCCAACCAAAAGGCCAUUUCCUCGGACGAGUUCUUCAACAAGGGCAAUUUCGACCCCUCCAUCAAGGCCGAGACCAAAGCUCGCCUGCAAGGCUUUGAGGGCGCCCAAGCCAUCUCUUCCAACGCCUACUUUGGCCGCCCCGAGGAGGAUGCCUCUGUCGAAGACUACGGUGACCUCGAGUCUGCGGCCAAGGACUUCAUUCGCAAGUUCGGUAUCACUGCUAGCGACGAUUUGGAGAACCUUACGCAGAUGGUGGGCGAGGGCGCCGGGAGGUUGCAGGGUGCUAUUAGGGCUUAUCUUGGGAGCUGA